AUGGCUAACCGACGGCCUCAGUUCAACCAGCAGUUCCAGGUCGACACGACCCCUCUGCCCGACGAUAUCCCCAAGGUCAAGGAGAUUGGUGCCAGCUCCGCGCCUCUUCUGUCGGCGUCCUACUUCAUCGGCGCCCGUUGCCGCGAAUACAAUGACGACUUCAUGCAGUGCAAGACGGACAGCGCGGGCCGCGGCGAAUUUGAUUGUUUGAAGGAGGGUCGUCGGGUCACCAGAUGCGCCUCCAGCGUGCUGAAGGAUAUCAACACCCACUGCCUCGAGCAGUUCAAGGCCCACUGGACCUGCAUCGAGAACCGUAACCACCAGCUCUACCAGUGCCGACCAGCCGAGUGGAAGCUCAACAAGUGUGUCUACGAGAACCUAAAACUCGAGAAGAACAUCCCCGACCAGCGCCCUGGCGUCACCCCCGUCGAGCUCCGCCACCACAUGAUCUACGCCGACCAAGCCAUCAACACCCUCGAGGGCAAGCCCUUUAUCCCCCCGUCAAAGCAACAAGCAUCGUAG